UCCCCUAAACGCUAGUCACACUUCUCGGGGAUGCGGCGCCGCGUCGACUCGACAAGCGGUGGUGAGGCGCGCAGAACGGGUCCACGGUCAUGAGGGUAAAAACCAAGUUCCUCAUCCUCUGGCGGGACAGACUUCGGUAAAGUGUGUGUGUUGUGUGUGUGUGUGUAUGUGGACGCUGAGGGAGCACAGCACCGGCAAACGGACUUGUGAUGCGUGAUGUCCGAGAGACGAGAGGCUGCUGUGGCUACCGCCGGUGAGGACAAGCAGCUCAUGGACCAAAACCGGCGGCACCGAACGGCGUUUACGCGCGAGCAGCUGGACAGGCUGGAGCACGAAUAUCGACGGGAAAGCUACGUGUCCAGAGCCCGCAGAUGUGAGCUGGCCAGCUCUCUCAACCUACCGGAGACCACGAUCAAGGUUUGGUUCCAGAACCGCAGAAUGAAGGACAAGCGGCAUUGCCACACUUUCCUGUGGCCUCUCCCUUUCAUGGAUCCAUUGGGGGCUCUUCUCGUGCGGCAGGGCUCAGUUCCCUCCAGCUUGCCGUACCACUACCUAUCAUCACAAAUAACCCAUAUGCCCCUACACCACUACUCACCAAUCCCCUCCCGGGCUCUCGCAGCUCACAGCCACUACAGCUUCCACCCGAGGCCGCGGAGUGUACUGCACCUAUCUCAGUACCUCAACAGAGCAGCGUGGGCUCAGUCUUCAGGGGCUUUGUACACUUUGCCGACUAUAGCGCACCCUAUUUCCUGUCAUUGUCCACUCUGCCCAGAGCAAGUGCUGAAGGUCAGAAGGGAGACUUUCACAUCUGGCCAGACACAAGACCACCACCCAGCCCCCAACCCCGGACUCUCAGAUGGAGAUCAUUAAACUGAGGAAUCCUUUAAACCAUGAGGCUGCUGCAGGAGGGAAGUCUGCUCUUGCCUGCGAGGAGGCGUUAUUGAGCCAUGGAGAUGUUUUGUUCAGUUGGCAGGUAUUUUAUCAGGUGAUAGCUAUACCUACAGAGAAGAAGCGAAUUUACACAUUUUUUUUCCAUUUAUUGGGUCAAUAGAACAUAUUCUAUUGCUUACAUCUAACCUAAUUUACAUCAGAUUAAACAUGAUACUUUUAUAUUGUAGCACAUUGGAUUGAUUUCGUGCACUUCAAAACAUCAAGAGUAUAUUCUUGAUUUUGUAAUACUUAUUUUUAAACAUUGUUAGUUGUCACUGCCUUUCUUUUUCUGCCCGUGGGAUUCUGACAAAGAGAAAAAUAAAAGUUGAAUUAAAACUAU